AUGCUCAGCGCUAACCCUCGCCCUUUCCGAGAUCGCACGAGCCGCUCUCCUUCUGGCCGAUUGCUGGGACACGUGGAGAGGCGGAACCGAGCCCGGAGCGCGACUUGGGCUCGUGGCUGCGGAGCCCCGGGGGCGGGCGAGUGGGGGCGUCCCGACGUGCGGGGAAAUAUAUCUCCCCCCACCGCGAAUAUUUGGGUGCGGGGGAGCGAGGAGGGGCGUCACCCCGGACCAAGCCCUCCCUCUUCGGAAAGACUUUCACUUUCGCCUAAACAAAACCCAGGCAGCCGGGUCCUUGGGUAGCUGCUUUCUCGUGGGCUUCGCGAGCAUGUGAGAAGCCCGAACGACGCUGGGGAGAAACCCCGCUUCCUCCGCCCUCCCUCUAAACAUCGAUCGUUCAUAGGUAAGUUAGGGCGUUAUGGGAAAUACAGGAAGCUAGCUCCCCUCUUCGACCGGUUAGGCGAAGGGUCGGUACUGACUGGCAGAAGCUCUCCGGGCGUUUUCCCGAUCCCUUGCGCCUUACCUGGGCAAGAUGUCAGGAUUCGAACCCGGCGCCUCCCGCGUGCGUGGCGCCAGCAGUCAGGGCAAGGGGAUCGGCGCAGGGGGGGACCUGCCGCUUCCAACCUUGGCUUCCGCGCUUGCGGAGGGAGCCCCCAAGCGCCAAGAUCGCGGAGGCUUCAUAGAAUCACAGAAUUCUACAGCGGGAAGGGACCUCUAGGGUCAUCUAGUCCAACCCCCUGCAGCGAAGUAAUAUUUUGCCCAAUGGGGGGCUCGAACCCGCGGCCCUGAGGUGCUCUCUCACUCCUUGUGGUUCUUUCUCAGCUUCACGAUGAUUUUUGGAUUUAUAUAGGAGGUGCCUAUAUAGGUGUUGGGGGGGGGGCUGCAGAGAGAAGGGCCUCCGAAGGGGCAGGGCUUGAAGGUAAAGGAGCCAGUGGGGAGAGACCCCUGCCUGAAAUCCUGGAGGGCUGCUGCCGGUCAGUGUAGGCACCACUAUGGUAGAUGGGGAUAGUGGACCUGGCAGCAUGUUCUGAAAGGGAUAGUGAAAAGUGAUAGGUGAAAUUAAGAAGUUGCCUCUGCUCCCCACUUGAAGAGUCGUGGAGAAUCCCAGGAGCCAUAGUCUGCCUGGAGGGCUGGGAAUUGUCCGGCCUGUGAGGUCAGCACCCUUAGCAAACUACAGUUCCCAGAAUCUUUCAGGAGGAGCCCUGAGUGUGCUCUAAAUGCACAGUGUGCAUGGGACCUAUCUCUGGAAGUGGAUGGCUUCUGCGGCUUGUUUCUGACUGACGUGGAACUGACUCCCUCAGGAGGUUGUGCAGGUUUCUAAGCAGAGGCUGGACGGCCAUCCGUCAGGGAUGCUGUAGCUGAGAUUCCUGCAUUGCAGGGGGUUGGACUGGAUGACCCUUGGGGUCCCUUCCAACACUACGAUUCUAUGAUAAAGCCUUUCCCAACCCUACCUGGAAAUGUCAGGGGCUGAACCCGGGACCUCCUGCAUGCCAGUCAGGUGCUCUCCCACUGAGCCACAAGUCCUCCCUGUGUGCUCAAGCCAGGCUACUGCUUUUAUUGGCUCUCUCCAGUUGCUUAUUCAAUAGAGAGGCGCAGAAGCAGCCCAGACAGUUUUGCACCCUGCCGCUCUCCCAUCCGCACACAAAACCACCCUGCCAAUUGAAGCAGCGCCUCUGCGCUGUCUCGGGGUCUAGCCUACGGCAUCUUUUCCAUGCGGUCCUGGUCCAGCUUUGUUGCUGCUCAGCAGCGGUCAGAGGGUUGGCAGUAGCAUGCCAGAUUCGCACAGGCGGCCCUGAAUCUUGGGAACCGCAUGCAUAUCAGAACACGCCCUCUGCCUCCAGCUGACUUAUCAAAACGUGCUUUCUCUAAACCAAAUGCGUGCAACCAGAGAAAAAGCAAGGAAUGAUCCAUGCCUCUUGAGAAAGUGGAUGGAAUCCCCCCCCCCCCGAUAACACUGUAACUUGUGGACAUUCAACAGAGAUGACCGGGGGGCAGGGGGUUGGACUAGAUUACUCUUGGAGUCCCUUCCAACUCUGUGAUUCUAUGUGGGAAGAUCCAGGACAGAUGAAAGGAAGUACGUCUUCAUGCAGGACAGAGGAAAAUGUGGGUGGAAUGGAAUAUCCUGGAAGUGAGCAUGGCUGACUAGAAUCUAGAAGAAGCCCAGGGCCCCUCCAGAUGUGUUGUGGGUUGUGUACUCACGAUAGUAUCAGCAGUUGGUUAUACUCCAUCUCGCUUUCCAUACAGCUUGUACCUGCAAUGGUUUUGGGGUGGACAUAUACUGCUUUGUUUCCUAUUAGUGCAUGUCCUAGAGUCUAGGACAGGGUCAGCAAACUUUUUCAGCAGUCCACUGUCCCUCAGACCUUGUGGGGGGCCGGACUAUAUUUGCCUUAGUUUGCCUACCCAUGGUCUAGGACAUGCACUAAUUCAGGCAUAGGCAACCUUGGCCCUCCAGAUAUUUUUGGGACUACAACUCCCAUCAUCCCUGACCACUGGCCCUGUUAGCUAGGGAUGAUGGGAGUUGUAGUCCCAAAAAUCUAGGGGGACGAGGUUACCUAUGCCUGUCUUAGAGCUUCCUGCUGAAAUCCUGCAACUUUUCUGACUUCUCCUUCAUUGGAGGUUUUGAAACAGAGGCUGGAUGGCUCUUUAGCUGUGAUUCCUGCGUUGCAAGAUGACCCUCGUGGUCCCUUCCAGCUCUGUAAUUCUGCGGUUCUAUGAAACGUUCUGGUUUUGUUUUGGUGGCCCCACUUUUGUUGCAUUGUGGUGCAAGAGUGCCUCUCCAGAUGGCAGUAACAGGGGGGAAGCAAUUGCAGAACGAUGCAGAAUGCACUGUGAUUGCAUACCUGGGCAAUUUAUGUGGCGAUUGUUUCUGAUUGUUUGUGUGCUUUUUGAUGCCUUUCAUUUAUUGCUUAUUACUUUUGUUAUGCUUGCAGUUAUGUGAAUCUUGUUAUGUUUUAAGCUGCCUUGCGCAUGGUUUUAACUAUGAAAUAAGAUGAUGAUGGUUAUGAUGAUGAUGUUGAUGAUGAAACCCACAGGGAAAUGGCACUGGGGAGGGUGAGAUAAAGCUUGUUUUGACACAUCCUCUAGCCUCUCCACAAACAAAUCAGAAUGGAUGUUCAUUAAACAGCCCAUGUUGUCUGAUCUCCCUGUGAACAAACUCGGAUGAAUGUUCGACAAACAGGUUGUCUGGAAACACCCAAUGGCAUGUUGCAGAAUAUACCUCGUUAAGAGGGCCUCACUCAUACUGCAAGAUUUGGGUGCAGGUGCCAUUUGUUGUACGGUCAAGCUAUUGGGUUGGGAGCCUGUUAAGAAUAAUGCUGGAUGCUGACCAGUCGUAUCCUGGAAUCCUGGGAACUGAACAUUCUUGGAAUCGUAGCACUGUGAGGGGUAAACUGCAGUUCCCAAGAUUCUUGAGUGGGAGCCUUGUGCUUUACAUGUGUGGUGUGUUCACGGCACGGUUGCUGACUUGCCUCCCACAUUGAGGGGGUGUAGUCAUGUGACGUGUCACGUGAUGCCUCUGGCAUGCACCAGGCUGGGACACGCUUGUCCCAGCCACAGCCUGGCUCCUGGCCUGCUGGGCAGAGGUUGGGGCUGGGACGCACUGAGGGCUCCCGGCAGUGGCAGGGGGUGGUGACCCCCUCAAUAUUAGGGGGCACCGCACCCUGCCAAAAAAAUAUUGGGGAAGCUGAAGCCCCCUUCAUCCCAUAUACCUGGCGCCGCUGGUUCACAGACUUGCAGAAUGGAGGGCAGAACACUUGCAUGCCAUGUAAACAGCUAGGACCUGCAAUAAAAUGUUGUGGUUUGGGGUCAUCUCCCCCAAUUUUCCGUCCCCCCUCCGACUCCAUUUUCAGUUCAUCCUUCCUCCAGCAGUCAGUCAGCAUUCUGUAGUCACUGAGCAUGCUUAAUCCUGGGGUGCACUGGGUUUCUCCCCACUCUUACAGUUUGAUUUCCCCAAGUAUUUUUUUGUACUUCUGCAUACCUGGGGAUUCCCCUAACACAUUCCUCUUGCUUCUUGCGGCUUUGACCACAUAAGCAAUGGCACUCAUGCACGCAUGAACAUGAGAAAUAGAAGAAAUUUGAUAUACCUAUACUUUUUUCAUUUGGUUGGCUGUGUACCACAUCCUCCCCCUAGGGAGCGUAGAGCAGUCUAGAUAGGGGUGGUGGUUAUUAUUCCAUUUUAUCCUCCUAACGACCCUGUGAGGUAGGCUAGCCUGAGCUAAUUGUUGUGGGAGCUCCAUGGAUGUGUGAGGACUUGGAACCCCAGGAGGUUCAGGACCCUGUUUCCUGCUACACAACACAGGCUUUCUAGCCAUCUGGCUACUUAAAAUAUAGCAGAGUGGUGAAUUAUCCUUCCCCAUUCUUUUCAGUGCAUGGAUAUGGGUGAAAUAUUCACUGUCAUCUUAAUAUUUCUGACUAUUCAACUGGAACAGUAAUCCAUUCACAUGGACGGAUGGAUGGUCAUUGUACUCUCAAUGUGAGCUAAUGGGAUUCCCCCACUUUCCUUCCUCUGCUUUUCUUUAUUAAAUGUGUCAUAAACAAUUAAUUUAAAAAGAAUAAGCUAGUCUCAUGCAGAAAGGUAAAACCUAAAUCCGCUGCCUCCAGGGCUAUCAGUGGCCUUACGUGGAGGAUGGGAUCAGUACAGUGGUACCUUGGUUCUCAAACAACUUGGAACCCAUAUACUGUACUGCAAACCCGGAAGUAAGUGUUCCAGUUUGCAAACUUUUUUUGGCAGCCGAACAUGCUCCGUUUUGAGUGUUACGCUUCCGUUUUGAGUGUUACGCUGAGGUUUGUCAAUUUAUUUUGUGUUUUUGUUUUUGCAGCUCUCUCUUUUUGUGUGUGUGUGACUGUGUGGAACCCAGUUCAGCUACUGAUUGAUUGAUUGAUUGAUUGAUUGUGUGACUGCAGUACAUUGUUUAUUGCUUUCAUUUUAUGGAUCAAUGGUCUCGUUAGAUAGUAAUGUUCAUGUUAAAUUGCUGUUUUAGGGGUUGUUGUUAAAAGUCUGGAACAGAUUAAUCCAUUUUGUAUUACUUUCUAUGGGAAAGCGCACCUUGGUUUUAGAACGCUUCGGUUUUGGAAUGGACUUCCAGAAUGGAUUAAGUGUGAGAACCAAGGUACCACUGUAUAGCUCUGGCUACCAAAUGGGGUGAGAGGGGCAAACAGCAUUUGUGCUUCUUCCACACUAUUGGUUAUUGGUUUAUUAAUACCCUGCCUUUUCCCCUCAGUUGGACUCAAGGCGGCAUACAUAUAAAAAUAAGAACUGCUAAAACCUUUUUUUGAAAAAUUGAACAUUGAUAGGCAUAAGACUAGGGACACGGGUGGCGCUGUGGGUUAAACCACAGAGCCUAGGGCUUGCUGAUCAGAAGGUCGUGGUUCUAAUCCCCGCGACGGGGUGAGCUCCCGUUGCUCGGUCCCUGCUCUUGCCAACCUAGCAGUUCGAAAGCACGUCUAAGUGCAAGUAGAUAAAUAGGUACCGCUCCGGCAGGAAGGUAAACGGCGUUUCCGUGUGCUGCUCUGGUUCGCCAGUAGCGGCUUCGUCAUGCUGGCCACAUGAGCCGGAAGCUGUACGCCAGCUCCCUCGGCCAGUAAAGCGAGAUGAGCGCCGCAACCCCAGAGUCGGCCACGACUGGACCUAAUGGUCAGGGGUCCCUUUACCUUUUACUAGGCAUAAGACUAUAAAACUCUUCGGGUUGAAGGAGAAUCCCUUUUCUGCUGCUGGCUGUCAGUGUAAAUUGGAAUGGUGAUUCCACACUGUCUCCAGAAAUAUCCAGCGAUGUACAUCUGCGGGGUUGGUGAGAGUGGAAUGGGGCUUGUUUGUGUGUGUGUGUGGUUUGACAGGACACCUGAGGAGAAGGCGGUGCAGAUAAAGCAAACACCCCCUCCUACCACUUCCUUGUUGCGCUAAAGCUUUGCAAAACAGCGGAGAUGUCUCUCUGUUACUGUUUGCAGAACUCUCAGCAGCUCAGCUCAACCAAGAGAGAUUCCACACACCCCCUUCCCUUCUUCAUAGGAGCUAGGGAGCUGCUGCUUUCGGAGCUGUCCCAAGCUGCACCUGAUCUGGAGUUAGGAAUGUGGGGAGGGGGGAAUUGAAGCACUUUCACAUUUAAAGGCAAACACACCUCCUUUGUGCUUUCCUGCGCCCAGCCGCCUUUUGAAAUCUGCAGCUCUCCAAAGCUUGCAGUACCGUUAUCCAGCUAAGCAACGUGUACGAAAUAUGCAUGUGCUAAGGUUAGGUGUGCAUGAAAAUAAUGUGCCCCCCCAAAAAAAAACCCCCACAACCAAAAGAGCGGAAAUCACUUUGCACUUUGGGCAACCUUGCACAUAAACGUUUGCACAUUUGGAGACAUUUGCACUAGAAGCUGAUGAAUUGUCACUGUUUUUCAAAAAGCAAAACUAUUGCGGAAACGUAGGGGACUGAACUUAAGGCUGGAAUAACAAGAAACUAAAAUUGAUUCGUUUAUUCCUGCCGGGAGACACUUUGUAUCCAUACUUCAUAGUAACUCAUUUAUUUGGUUUUGUGUUCACCACUUAAUGGAUUUUUUAAAAUACACAGUUUAUAAAUUCUUCUAAACAAGCAAAUAACAUAAAGGGAAGGAGUUUAGAAAAUGCAUAUUGCAUUAGCUCAUGGGGUGGAUGACCAGCCUGUUAAUGGGGUUGGAGAAGAUGUGAGAAGAUAGUUGUUUAAGCCUCUUGCACUGAGCCUUGGAGAGCUUUGCAAAACACCAAGAUCUCUUGCAACUAGGUGCAACACGUGGACCAAACGCCUCCCCUCCACUUGGCAGCUGAAGAAAUGGGUUUUAUAAGCAUCGAUUGCUUACUCUCUGUGCAGCAAGGAAGUGAGAGUGGGGAAACUGUUAGAAUAAUGGAGGAAGGGACUGGAACUUAAAAGCAGAAGAGUCCUGCUGAUAUUGCUGAUCCUGUAAGACCAUAGCCCUGUCAGCAUAAUAAAAUUUGCAAAAAAACCAACCCCAAACCCACCAAUAACCGCCACCCAAAACCAGCUAGCUAUAUUAGCAUUAGAUCAGUGCAAGGCCGUUUGUCAGUGUGAAUUGUAGGAGUUAUGUAUGGAGAUGUUAUGAUCCUAAGGAUGGAAAAUCUUGAGAGGCAGCAAUGUCUUUGAAAGAAAUUCUCAAUCACAUUUAUAGUUUUGAUUGAUUGAUUGAUUGAUUGAUACUUAUUCAAUGAUAUACAAAAAAUACAUACCCAUUACAAAGUAUUUUUUUAUGUUAUAUUGAGAUGAAACAGCUACUUAGAGAGCAAAAUCAGAAGGAAGAAAAGGAAAGGAGAAACCUAAAGAAAGAGAAAGCGAGAGAAAAGGAAAAUAAAGGGGGAAAACUAAAGAAGGAUAAAGAAGAAAACAGUAAAAGGAUUUCUGGCUCUCUGUCCUUGCAGCUACAGUAUUUUUUCAAUCUUUAAAUCCAGUUACUACAAGUUCAUUUUCUCUUUCAUGCAAAAAGUCCUUAAGAAAUUUCCAGUCCUUAACAAAUGUCAGUAAUGGUUUUUCUCUAAUUAUACAUGUUAACUUUGCCAUCUCAGCCAAGUCCAAUAGCUUUAUCACCAUUCUUCUAUAGGGGGCAGGGCUGUGUCUUUCCAUCUUUGUGCAUAUAGCAGGCAUGUCUAACAUCCAACAGGUUGCAAUCCACCAUCCAAUAGUAAAAAAACCUGGCCAGACAGGUUAUAGCGAGUCAUUGGAAAAAUGCAGAAGAGCUAAGGGUGAACCAAUGGAGGAAAAAAUUGAAUAAUGUUAUAAUUUUAGAAUGUUUAACUGUGAAGAUACACAGAAUGAAAGGUUUUAAGGUCAGUGAGAAAGAGGAGGAUUGGUUUGAGAAGAUAUUGAAUUAUUUGGGUAGAUUUGAACAAUUUGGGGCAAUUAAAAUGUUAAAAGUUAAAUAAACCUUGUGGAGUGAGGAGUGUUAAUGUAUAUAGAAUUGUACAUAAGGUCGAUUCAAAUAUGUUAUUAUUGAUUAUGUAUACUCAAUGUAUCCGCCGCCUGGGGGGUUUCACUGUUGGGUUUUGGUUGUUGGUAAAAAAAGGGGGGGUGGGAAUGUGGCCUUAAGCGGGACUUCAUUCUGGGUAAGCAUGCAUAGAAUUGCACUGUAAGAUUUCUUGUUAUGCUAAAAAUGGUAAUGUAUUAAGUUUUGUAUAUAUAAUUCUCUUAAUUUCUGUUUACGUUAUGCAGAUAAAUUACAAUUUUUGUGAUGGAAUUUUGUGCACUGCUAAUCAGGUGCCUUAUUGAUCUAAGUCCUGUACAGUGGUACCUUGGGUUACAUACGCUUCAGGUUACAGACUCCGCUAACCCAGAAAUAGUGCUUCAGGUUAAGCACUUUGCUUCAAGAUGAGAACAGAAAUCGUGCUCCGGUGGCGCAGCGGCAGCAGCAGCAGGAGGCCCCAUUAGCUAAAGUGGUACUUCAGGUUAAGAACAGUUUCAGGUUAAGUACGGACCUCUGGAAUGAAUUAAGUACUUAACCUGAGGUACCACUGUAUUUGCUAUGACAGUAAACUGCAACAGAUGGACCCCGCAACAAAAAAAUACCAAAAAAAAAAACUGGCAGUGAUCUACCACACUCUCCCAUUGUCAUUCUCCAACUUAAUAUUAUUAUAUGUGUGGCUGGGGAAACCCAGCCAGAUGGGCGGGGUAUAAAUAAUAAAUUAUGAUUAUGAUAAAAAUAAUAAAAAAAAUAUUACCCCCCACACACCAGCCCCCUCCCAGGGCCAUUGGUGCACACGGGAAGCCAACACGUCCCCAAAUGUCCAAUUCCCCCUUUACCGGAUGGGAAAACUCUGUGGGGGGGGGCAGUGGUUUACUUUUGAAUUAAUGCAGCUGGUCAGGAGCUGGAAAGGUGGGAGAAGUUCAGCAUCCAUGCAGAACUAGGAGGGAGAGGGUUUUCUUUCCAUGGGAACCGGCAGGAGCGGGGAGAGGGAGGAGAAACAUCAUGGUCUCUCUCUCUCUGCCCUUCUCUCGGCUCCCUUUCCCGGCUGGCCAGCUGACUGGGCGCAUAGCUGUCAACCUUCCCUUUUUUUCCAGGAAAUUCCCUUAUUCCAGCAGCGUUUCCCGCUGCUAUCCCAGAUUGUUAGAUAUCCCAUAGACUGUCUCCGGGACAGGUGAGGCUUCUGAUCCCUUAUUUUUGAGGCUGCUGAUCCUUUACUUUCAAAUCUGAAAGUUGACAGCUAUGACUGGGCAUUGGGCAAAGCCUGCGGCUGAGCAGGGUGCUUGAUCCUCGAGUCGACCGUGGUCGAGUCGACAUACAUGGCCUAUAGCAAUCUCACGGCUGUAAGCAUAUAAAGUGGUACCUCGGGUUAAGUACUUAAUUCGUUCCGAAGGUCCAUUCUUAACCUGAAACUGUUCUUAACCUGAAGCACCACUUUAGCUAAUGGGGCCUGCCGCGCCGCCGGAGCACGAUUUCUGUUCUCAUCCUGAAGCAAAGUUCUUAACCCGAGGUACUAUUUCUGGGUUAGCGGAGUCUGUAUGCAAUCUAAUGCAGUUGCCCUGGGAGGAAAAAUGCAGAAUAUGCUACCAGGCCAGAGCUGAGCUUCCUGAGCAUCUCUGCUUUCGUUCUGUAUAAAUAAAGCAAGUUCCAGAUCCUUACAUAUGCAAUAGUACACCUUCUUCUCUCAGGGAAAUGAAGUCAUCAUCAAGGCUGUACAGUGGUACCUCGGGUUAAGAACUUAAUUCGUUCUGGAGGUCCAUUCUUAACCUGAAACUGUUCUUAACCUGAGGUACCACUUUAGCUAAUGGGGCCUACCGCUGCCGCUGCACAAUUUCUGUUGUCAUCCUGAAGCAAAGUUCUUAACCCGAGGUACUAUUUCUGGGUUAGCGGAGUCUGUAACCUGAAGCGUCUGUAACCUGAAGCAUAUUUAACCCAAGGUACCACAGUUCGAAAGCACGUCAAAGUGCAAGUAGAUAAAUAGGUACCGCUCCUGCGGGAAGGUAAACAGCGUUUCCGUGCGCUGCUUUGGUUCGCCAGAAGCGGCUUAGUCCUGCUGGCCACAUGACCCGGAAGCUGUACGCCGGCUCCCUCGGCCAAUAAAGUGAGAUGAGCGCCACAACCCCAGAGUUGGUCACGACUGGACCUAAUGGUCAGGGGUCCCUUUACCUUUACCUUACCACUGUAUUGCAGUCCUCUUCCAUAACCCCUUUCUAAUUGCGUGUCCCCUAGCCCGAAAAGCAAGAGUUCUGGCUUCAACUGAACAGUAACCUUUAAAAUCUGCUGUAUCCACGGAGAGCAUGAGACUCUUAAUCUCAGAAUUGUGGGUUUGAAGCCUAUUAUUAGCACUGCACUGCAUUGCAGGGGGCUGGACUAGAUGACCCCCAGGGUCCCUUCCAACUCCACAGUUCUAUGAUUUUAUGAUUCUGUGUAUUCGUAUCCAGUAUAUUUUAGCUUUUUUUUACAUGCCCCCCAGGCAUGAUAAAAUGUCCCUUCAUGUUCUUGGCAUUUUCCAGCAAACAUUUGAAACAUCUUUAUACAUUCUGAAUAGUUUCUCAGGAGUUGAAUACCCGUUGAAAUCAACAAACCCGAGUUCAUCCAGGCCAUGGACUUCAGUGGCUCUAAUCUCAGUAGGACUAGCAUUGACUCCCAACCCCUCGUGCAGAAGCAGCCCUGGAGGCACCUGGGUCUUUGCUGGGAGCAACAAUAGUCUGGGAUGGAUGGGCCUUUGGUUUGACCCAGGUCUCUUCAGUCUUGUGCCUCUUUCCCGGAUAAUAGCAGCUAAUAUAGACCCUGUCAGAAUGCACAUGGAAUCUCGUCCCAUUGUGCCAAGAUUUGGCAGCAACUUGCAGGCUAAAUUUCAUCUGCUAUUCUGUUUGGCCGAGUUUGGAGAGAGGUUUCCCAGGUGGCCAGGUAAGGAAGAGAUCAGGCAGUGUUCCUGUAUCAUUAAUAGUUGUGUUAAAGAAGGAAUUUCAGUAGCUGUACCUUGUCCCCUUUUUUGCCUCUGGUGGCCCUGUCAGGUAGACACCCAUUCCCCUUGCACAGGCAUGGCUUAACUGAAAGGCACUCUUCUCCUUUCCAAAUCCUAAUUUAGCUUUCAUCCUCUUUUCCUGCCCUGUACCCCGAAUCAUUUGUGGCUUUUUGGUAUCCUUAAUUUGGUUUUGGAGUUGCCACCCUUGGUUCACCCAAUUUUUUUAACGGGGAAUUCACAUUAUGUCAUUUCCCGCCCAUUGUAUUCCAGUCAUUCCCCCCACGCACGCACACCUAAUUUGUGGCAAGGUAAACAGCUUAAAAUCCUGCCAUUGUGUACUGGCAAAGUGCUAUUACGGCUUUCCAAGAAAGGCCAGAGAUCACUGAUAAAAGCUUUGUAUGCAGAAAGUCUCAAGUUCACUUCUGGCAUCUUCUGUUUAAAAAGGAACAGAUGGCAGCGUACAGAAAAGUUCUUUCCUAAGGAAGGGGUGAGGAAGCUUCGUUUAUUUUUCCAUUAAAGGCCAUAGGAAAGUCAACCAGGGGCUGUGGAAAAUGGUGGGUGGAGUUAGAGCCAGCGGUGGGUGGAGUCAGAGCCCCAAGUGGGUGGGGUCUGAAACAAUGCAGGAUUGUAUAGCAUUGUAAUGUAUUGUUCUAUGUGCCUCCCCAUAUCUCUCUCUGUGGGCCUAAUAAUAACAAUAACAAUAACAAUAACAAUAACAAUAACAAUAACAACAACAAUAUUUCAAAUCUGCUGAUGAUUACAGCUGCCUCUGCUAUGCUUCCUCAACUGGAAUCUAGGUUACCAAAAGGUUAGCAAAAGCAAAUGAUUAACAUCUGGACUAUAAUAAAUGAAUUAAUUGUAUGCUCUUCUGUUUGCUGUAUGAGUCUUCUCAUCGCUUGCUAGUGGGACAAUCUAGAAAACCCUACGCUCUAGUCUUCUAACCCGCUGAUAAGUCCCUGUUCCAAAUUUACAAUGCAACCCAGGAGCCCUGUCUCUGUUUUACUUCCAAAGACACCUGUGAUUCUGUUUGGGUGUUGAUCUUCUUUGUCUCUUUUACUCAGUCUAUGAUGAGGAUAACAUGCAUGUGCUACACAUACAAAAAAAAACUCAGAGUGAAAGAAAGCGAAGUCUUAUUAAAACAAAUGGUGCAAAUAAAGUAGGCAGCUUAUUUAACAACAACAACAACCUGCCCUUAAUUCAAAAGUCCCAGAGAGGGUUACAUUUUUUAAAAAAACAUAGUUAAAUAAAGAAAAACAGUUUAAAACGAUUUACAAUUACAGAGGUAAGGUGGGCCUUAAAAAUAUUCAUCUCAGUUGUCAAAAGCCAGGCUAAAGCAGUGUAUCUUUAAGCUGAGGGCCACUUGUUACUCACAGACCACAACAUCCACAUUCUAGCAUUAUUAUUAUUAUUAUUAUUAUUAUCAUCAUUAUUAUUAUAUUCAUUUUAUAUACUGCCCUUUAUCAAAAGAUCUCAGGGCGGUUUGCAACAUUAAGAACACAUUUUACGGCGCAUCAGUAAUAAAAAGCAUAAUAGCAGACAGCAUAAUAAUAAAAUAAUCAUAUGGAAGAGGGAGGGGAACAUCUCUCUUUCUACUUCCCCCAUAUUGUGCAUUUAUGACGGCUUAUAGUGGUGAACCACAGAAAAAGAGCCUUUGGGUCUGUGACGCACCCUGAGGUUCUUCAGAGACUCUUUACACCAUCCUAUAACAUGGCACGUCAGCGAGUCACCAUGGCAGUGUACAUACCAUACAUUUAAAGCAUCCCCCCCCAAAAAUAAGAAUCAUGGGAACUGUAGUUUUUUACAGGUGCUGGGUAUCAUAGUUCUGUGAGCAGUAAACCACAAUGCCCAGAAUUCUUUGAGGGAAAGAAUGUGAUUUGAAUGUACCUUAAAUGUAUGGUGUGUAUGCAACCUAAAUGGGUUUGGGGUUUGCCCAGCUUUACCUCUGGGACUAAGCUAGGGAAUCAUGGGAUCUUAGAGUUGGAAGGGAUUCAAGGGUCAUCUCGUGCAACCCGCUGCAAUGUAGGAAUCUCAGCUACAGCAUCCAUGGCAGAUGACCAUCCAACCUCUGCUUAAACACCCCCAAGUAAAGAGAGUCCACCCCCUCUUGCGGGAGCCUGUUCCCAGUGAGAUAUGAAAGGUAGGAGCUAAAUGACACCUUAAACCUCGGCUAUGGAGUGUCUAUGCGCUUUUUUAUAUAUAGCAAGAAUGCAAAGCUGAAAACGAAUGAACUGCAACUCAAAUCUUAUGUUCAUUUUUCACAUGGUCUAGUCCUCAUCUGAAGACUGCAAAAACCAGAGCCAUAUUUCUCUUGCCUGCCCCCCUAAUAUUCUUAUGAGGGUCCCUUCUUCAGUCUUCAGAGAGUGGCUGGAAGUGGUGAGACAGGAAAAGGUCCUUUUCUUCUAGCCGUGGCAGUUUUAAUCUGAAAUCUUAGGCUCAGUACUGCGCCCAGAGCUCAGAAACUGCUCGCGCUAAUGGAAUUCCCUGUCGCAAAAUGCGCCUAGAACAAUGGGAGUUUCAAAUGCUGCCUGUUCCACUGUCAAACAGCUCUUACUGUCAGAAACGUUUUUCUGAAUGUUUAGUCAGAAUCUCCUUUCUUGUGACUUGAAGCCGUUGCUUCGAGUCCAACCCUCCAGAGCAGGAGAAAACAAGCUCCAGUUUGCUUACUCGUAUAUAGAAUUUCUUACCUGGCUGGUAAGUCCCUAUUUUAGUCCUGGAAGACACAUGUUGGACAGGAUGUUACACUGGCAGGGCUUGGACCUAAUGUGAGCAAUUAACUGUGGUUACGGAAAUUAAGGUGUGCACAAGCUGUUAAACCAACCACAAUCAAGAAACAAACUGCAGACACCAGGCUUGGGUUCCCAAUUGUGGUUUAUUUAGUAGAAUAAGUAGGAGAAUGCUACGGUUCAGAUUAAAUAUUAAACCUGCUACUCCUUGGUUUGCUCUUUCCAUUGGAAGCACGGAUGGAAGGCUCUGCCAAUUUCAGUCCCCAAGUUUCACAUUUUUCCAAUCUUAAAUUCAGUUUUCCACGUUUUGCAGCAAUUUUUGCAAGCAAUUAUUUCCCCUAACAUAAUAACAUUUUGUAUGUUAUUUUCCACAAACUUCUUCAUUGUUAUACACACUUAAUAUAUGUGUUUUCGCAAGCAUUGCUUGGUUGGACAACUGCAUGGCAAAAUUCAGGCAGGUGUGACUUUUCCCAGUUUCCCAGUUUGCAAGUUGCUCUGUGCAAAUUUGCAAAAUUGAUUCAGCUUCAUAAAUGCACCCUGUUCUCACAAUGGCCACCCAGAUUCCUGUGGGAAACUCUCAGGCAAGACAUGACUGUCUUGCGGUUUCCAGAAACUGGCAUUCAGAAGCAUACUGUCUCCGUCCUUGGAGGCAGCACUCUGAUAAUGGUCUCGCCUGCUUUACAUCAACAGGAGCGCCCACCAUGUCAGUCAGAAAAUUCCCCAGAGCAUUCAGGAAUCCAGUGGAUUCCAUAAGCCUCUGGGGGCAGGCCAACCUAACAGGCCAGGUCUCAUAAUUCCCAGGGGCUGCCGACUAACCAAACCUCACCAAGAAAUGGUUCAUCCACAACAAUGGGAGUUAGAAAAACCUGUCAGCGCACCAACCAGCCCUCCUGUUGAAAAGACCGUCUUGGGAUUGCGACCUGCCACAUCCAUCAGACUGGUGCUGUGCUGAGACUGUGGAAUUCAACGUCUGGUAUGCUUCCACUGCAACUCAGUGUCAUCCCGGCGUUUAGCAGAGAUUGUGCACAGCAGUCUGUGUUCUGUGUGGUUACUGUUGCGUUCUAGUGGAGCUCUAUAUAAGCAGGCUGGCUGAACCCUUCAGUUCAGCUCUGCUCUGGUCUGUGAAUAAACAAGAGCUGUUUGAAGAAUCGCUGUGUCGUCUGAUAUGUUCACCCACAACUUAACAGCGAUUACUCAAGCAUGCAGAAAAGUCUCUGUACGCAGCUUAUUUCCUAAUCUAAGAAGCGUGUAUUUUACAACAGCAAUUAAUCAGCAGCCGAUUAAUUCGGCUGCCGAUUGUAACUGCUGCUGUAAAACAAUAAGACUGUCACCAGAGCAACGUGUUUCGGGACCAAUCCUCCCAGUUGUGCCCAUUGAGCCUCUCAAAUGGGAUGGUGUAGGACUCCUGGACUUCCACCAUCGUCUCCCCCGGGCUUAGCCUACUCACGCUCAGUAGCUCCUGGCACCCGGUCCUGAAGAGGCAUCCUUCACCAAUGAGUCCCUCCUUCACCAGAGAGUUCCUCCUUCACCAGUGAGUUCCACUGCCCACAGGCAGGUCCUCCAGCUGGCCUUUCUCCCACACAGACACAGCCACGCAGCUGACUCCAUAUCCUUUGGAAUUACACACAGAGGAACUGCAACAGAGGAUGUGAUGGAGGCUCUGAUGCCCCAGGCUGCUCCAUCAAGUUGGCCCCUGCAUGGAUGUUGAAAUCCCCCAGUACAGGUCAAAUGGUGGAUGACUGAAGAAUCAUUAUGCGUAAUGUGGCGUAAUGGUUAGAGCGUUGGACUAGGACCCUGGAGAGCAGAGUUCGAAUCCCCACUCAGCUAGGUGACCUUGGGCCAGUCACCAUCUCAUAGCCUAGCCUGCCUCACAGGGUUGUUGUGAGGAUGAAAUGGGGAGGAGAGCCAUGUUCACCACCUUGAGAUCCUUGGAAAAUAAAUGCAAUGAAUAAAUGAAUAAACAGUGUUUCAUGUGAACCAGUGCUAUUUUUCUAGAAAAAGAGGUGCUGAAACUCACCCUGAGUGCCUCCCUUGUUCCCUUAUAAUGGCGAGUUCCGGAGAGUUCCAGCUCAAAAGAAGCCCUGAUGUUAGGUAUUUUUUAUUAUUUUGCAUAAGUUGUAGUGCAAAACAUCUGGAAGGCCCCACGUUGGUAAAUGCUGGUUUUGCUACAUCCCAAGUCCGUGUUUCCUUGGCCUCUUAACCCCUAACCAUCCUUUCUUUUAUCCCCACAGCUCCCCCCCUUUCUAGAGGGGUAAUCCUCAGCAUGUUGGUCAUCCACCAGACCAUGUGGAGAUGAUUUGGCGCCAUGCAACCCCAGAGUCUUUUGUGGUAAGUUUCCAAAAACAAUUGGCAGGAUCAAGGAAGAGGCCUCAGCUUCUCCUGAUAUACUAGUCCAGGAAUGGUGGCCGGAGAGGAAGAGGGAGAGGGAGGUUCUUUGGACCUCUCCUUAUAGCAUCACCAUUAUCUUCCCAGAACCAGGCGGCCUUAGUUCAAUGCAUGCUUUCCAGCACUCAAAAUCUGCGUUGCUCAAAAAGGCAGUGAAUGACAGAAAGCAAAUUACUCAGAAAGCAAUUUCCUUAUAUCUGCCAUUUUAAAAAUUUAUUUUUGUCAUUGGUGUCAGCUCAGCUAUCCAUCUCACUCCCAACUUCACUGAACUGUGAGUUUACAUUAGCAACAAACACUGGACAAUGUUGAGACAGAAGAAUGGCGUCAACGGAAGUAGCUCUAACUCUAUCCCCUGCUGCCUUUGCACAUAAGAAGGUUUGACCCCUUGCGGAGAGCUAGGCAUGAGGGACGGUGGCGCUGGUUAGGGCAGUUGAAUCCUGGGGUGUCCCCCCCAACCUAGCACAAAGCAGUAGUAAAGGUACCCCCACGGAGGUACGCUUCGUCUGCUCUGGUUCGCCAGAAGCGGCUUAUGGCCACAGACCGGAAGGUGGCCCGCCGAUCCCAGUCGCGCUUGGUCGUCCUUCCUGCGAAACAAACGCAAACCCGUUGGGCCCGUCAGGUGAGGGUCUUGUCAUCUGGGCAGCCCAGGAACUCCAUUGCCUAGGUUUGCACGCUGAAAUAGUCACUUCAGUGGUCUCUGCAGCCACUGCAAGUGCUAUGAUUCGCCGGUAGUUUGACUUCACCCCCGGAGUCACACUCCAGGGGUCUCUCAGGAAAGUCCAAUGCCAACGUUCCCAUUCUACUGUAAAGGAAGGAGGGUAAGAUUUGGAUGGCUUUAAAAGAGGAUCAGGCAGGUAACAGAUUUGCUCUGUCAUGUAUGUGACAGGUCUUCAGAUAUUUGAAGAUGGAAGUUUGGGUCUGCAUUGCAUGCUAACUGAGAGAUGCUUUAGAGUUCUUUUGAGCUUUCACUUACUAUAUACGCCAAAGAAUUUUUUCCUGUCCUUCUAGGUCUUUGUUCUGCUCCUGCUGUUUCUCACCCAAUGUGAGUCAAGCAAGAAUUGUGUCUUUCAACAUGUUCCGUUUGAGUCAACAAACAACACUCAGCUUUUUUUAUCUAAAAUUAAAGAACUGGUGAGUGUGCCCUCGAGCAGACUAUAUCAGGGCAGUGCUAUUUUUCUAGAAAAAUAGGUGCCAAAACUCACCAUGAACCUCCCUCAAAUAGAUGUUGAACAGCAUUGGGGAUGUGAUAAAGUGUUGCAGGGGCCAUAGAGUUUAAUUGCCAAGGGGCUGAGCCAAUCAUCCCAUUCUACCACCUGAAAUUGGCCCUGCAGGUGGAAAUGCAACACUGCAGCGCUCAUGGGAGUUGUGGUCCAAAACAUGGAGAAUUGUGCCAGGGUGAUGAAGGCUCAUCUAGAUAAAUGUAGAUCAGGGGUCGGCAACGUUUUUUGAGGCCGGUCCAGUCCACUCCCCGGCAGACCUCUCGUUGGGCCAGAGCUUGCACGCCUGUGCAUGCACUCGAGCUAUUUCUGGUGCUCUUCUGGGUCGGAAGAGCGCCGGAAAUAGCGUGUGCACAUGCACAUGGGCGCUUCUCUGUCCUGGAAUUGCGCCGGAAAUAGCACGUACACACACGUACAGGCGCUCCUCCAGAUGAGAAGCACCCAUGCGCAUGCGCACAUGCUAUUUCCGGUGCUUUUCUGGGACGGAAGUUGAUCCCUGCAGCGAGAAAAAUAAUGGCGCCAUGAAAAAAAGCAUGGAAGCCCCAUGUCGAUCCACAGAACGGCCGUGGGCCGGUUCGAGGAAACUCCUGGGCCAGAACCAGCCCAUGGGCCUUAGAUUGCCAACCUCUGACCUAGAGGGACCUUUAAAGCCUAUUUAGAAACAUUUCAUGGAUAGACUUUUCUUGCUCUUUAAUCCAUCCUCUCCCCUCAUUCAACCCAGGCCUGUCUCUUUCUCUCCUCAGAAGCAGUACCUGCUCCUCAAUUACCCAGUAGAUAGGCCAUCCAACCUGAAACCGGUAAAGUCUUAAAAAACAACCUGUUAACUAAGGAAACAACUAGACAUAUGUUACCUACCAUGGUGUUGUUAUGUUACUUGAAAUGGCUGAUCGGUUGCAAUUAUUUUAAUUCAGGAGUGAAUUUUUGCGUGGAGACGAAAAUGUGCGCUGCCUCUCCUGUUACAAAAAGCAGAAUUUCCACCAGGAGUGGAAGGAUUUGAAAGACAAUUCCUCUUAUGUCAAUUGUGCUGCUGCCAGCCUGUGUGGGCAAUACUGAGUUAGAUAGACCAAAAGUCUGACUCACUUUAAAGGCUUAUCUACACUCACCUUUUCUCUGCGCUUUCCAGGAAAUGGUCCAUGCUUUAAAACUCCAUAUCCAGGUGCCCUUUCCCACCCACCCCACUCCGGAGCUUUCCUUGGGGAAAAAAACCCCUGCUCUUUAUAGCUGAAUUGGAGCAAACAGCAAUGGGGGGGGCGGAACCUGAACUGCUGUUUGUUGUGCUUCUGCUUCAAAGAGCAGGUUUUCACGGGGAAAUAUCUGGGUCAAAAAAAAAGCUUUAAAGUGUGGACCUGAGCCUGGAAAACAUGGGUCAAAAGGUAAGUUUGGAUGAGCCCUAUGGCAGCUUUGUAUGUUCUUAGUGGUUUCGAAAAAGAAUACACCCCUGACUUUUUCCUAAUCAUUCAUUCCUUCCUUAUAUUCCCACUCCCCCAAUAAUUUCCCCCAGGAUGGAUUCUGCCAGGAAUUAUGGGAAGUUCAUCUCAUAAACAAAAAGCUGAAGCAUCUGGCCAGCGUAUCCGGGAGAAUGCUGGAGCAAAUGUUCUUCAAUAUAACAGUUCACAUUGCCUCCUUUAUUGAAGGAUGUAACAUUGAGGUAGGUCAUGAGUGCUUUGGAAGGCAGCACAGGUCAUUCCCCCCUCUUAUUUAUUCAUCUAAUAGCUGUUUUGAACCUGACCAGUCCUAAACGCUAGCAAUUAUUUGUAUUUGUUAAGGAUAUUUAAAAAUAAUUAAGUUAAAAUUUGGAUCAGAAUGAAAUACCACAAGGUGCUCCUCCCUCCAGAUUAAGCCAGGCCCCUGCUCAUGCCAGGUAGGAAUGGAGAAGAAUUUCAAUUCAGUUCGCAUUGAAAGGUGAACUUACCUAACUUCCAAAGCAAAAUACAAGCUGAAACGCAGCCAUGGGCCCCUAAGGUCAAUGGAGAAAUCCAGUCUUGCUUGCAUUUUCUUUAAAACCUACCUAAUUCAAACUUUUUAAACCUAUUUGGCUCCAGAGUUAAUGCCUGCAGUCAGCAGCACCAGUAGGAGUAAAGAACAGCUGAGGAAGAGGGUGAUUUUCAGCAGGAAACUGCCACAGGGCCCUGAUCCAGAGUAGGGGCCUGCGGCUGUUUUGUCUUCAAAACAGAAGUAGCCCCGUUUCAGUGCCGCAACUUCACGUGUAAUUUGGCCCCAGUUCCUAAGGUGUGGUGGCAUGGCUUGUGGGCUCACUAUACAUCAGGACGAAGCUGCUGGGCUUGACUUUUUUCUCUUGCGCCUUAACAGGAUAGUUGUGUCCGUUUUGUGGGGACAAACAUCACUCAGUUCUUGAAUCCGGUUCCUUACCACAUCGGAAACCUGGCGGACAAGAUGGAGAAACUCAUCGAACUGAAAGAGUCUGCUGACUACACUAAUUGCACCAUUAUUCAGUGCCAACCAGGUAACAUUCCUGGUGGUCAGGGUGUGGGGGAGCAAGGCUGUGGGGAUACAGAGGGGAUACAUUUCUGCCAUGGGGGGCUGACACAGUGGGACAAUGCCAUGGAGAUGCCCUCAUAAAACUGGUGUCGCUGCUGCUUAUCAAGGUGGUUCACUGGCAUGGCAGGGGGGUGGCAAACUUGGAGCAGAGCCAAUCUGUGCCCACACAGCCCUGAGCUCCCCACCACCUCCCUGCACCCCAACCCGGUCAGUGGUAGUGAUGACAGUGUUAGGAAGGUGGCUUUGCAACCAUGCCCCACUGCCCCAGCCACUCCUGUUUUCCACUGGGUGAACAACUUGCUAUGGUGUGUAUGAAACGGUAUGUGGUGAGCUGAUCAAAGAGGAUGGUUUCACCCCAGUGUCGACAAUUUGGGGAGGCAGCGAAAAUGAGCAAAGGUUGCCUCGCUAUCUUGACAGAAUACAAAUGCUUUGCCUACUGAGUGGUUGCAUUUAUGCUCUGAAGGUUCGUUUCCGCCAGAAAUAAUACUUAGCAUCCAUACCGUGCUUUGGAGAUUUCAGAAUGCUUCACAAACAUUAUCCCAGUAGCCAUGACAACCAGGCCCAACGUCAACACUUCUGCCCCCCCCCCCAAUUUCUAGGCCCACCUGGUCGCAAUAGGUCCUUGACAUACUGCGCCACUCUGGGUAAAUAUAAAUGGCUGCCCUCGGUGGCCUCCCUGCGGCUGCCACUGUAAUUUCCCAGAAUUCCCCAGACCAACAUGACUUCAGGGGCAUUGUGGGAAGUUUAAAAUGGCAACUCUCAGCUGUUGGAAAGCAAGCUCAAGGGCAGAGGCCUAGCAGAGGGCAUUUUACCAGGGAGCCCCUCACACCUAAAGCUGCCCCUGUUUACAACAUUGGUAUUAUCAUGCCCAGCUUGCAGUAAGGGGAAACUGAGGCAGAGAGAAAAGUCAGUUGCCUAAGCCCACUGAGUGAGUAUGUGGCUGUGGUCUGAUUUGAACUCAGGACUUCCCAACUUAGAGCUCACACCCAGCUGUCAGUGUCACCAACUUCUGCAGCCCCAGGACUGCAUGAAACUCUGGUUUCUACCACAGGGCUCACUUUAUUUAUUGAACAAACUUUAUAUACCUCUGGUUUGUAUCAAAACCUCUCAAGUGGUUUACAAUUUUAUCGCUCUUUCUCCUGUCUCCCCCCCUUUCUUUUCUGUCUUUCCCAAGGCAUAUCCACACUUGAGGACCCAUACUGGUUUAUCUCUUCCCCAGGAAAUCAUGGGAGUUUUAGUUUAGAAGAGGGAGAAUUUAGAGGCCCUGAACAGCGUUCUCAGCACCUGCAAUAAACUACAAUUCCCAUGAUUGCUUCGGGUGGGGGAGUCCAUGACAAUUAAACCAGUGGACCAUUGUGGUGUAGAGAUGCUCUCACUCUUUCUCCUUCUUCUCCCCAUUAACUUUCUCCCUGUUUUUCUCCCUCUCCCCUUAAAAAACAAAACAAAAUAUUGUGGUGCCAAUCACUUGAUGUCAGGCCACCAUCCGCUUCUUGUGAAACCAAUGCAAUAUUCUGCAUCCGUUGUCAUAAGAAGGUGGUUCAGCAACACUCUGUGGGUAUCCUCUCAAUAUUAUCUGCUCUCUGCCCCUCGCUUGUUACCGGAAGGCAUUCAAUCUGCCCCUAUAGGUCAGUCUCUCUCUGUACUGCAGACUCUUUUACUACUCCAGUCACCAAAAACGUUACAGAGACCCAUGAUGGAGUCCACUCGUCUCAGCAAACCCCACUUCAGAGAUCUCACUGGGGACCAUUUCUACUUCUGCUUCUCAUUCCCAUUUCCUGCUUUCUACUCAUCAUGACACGUCCAUUAAGGAACCUAUUUCAGGUAAGCAAGAAGCCUUUUCAAAGAGCUCUGGGAUAUUAUGUUCUGGGUACUCACUGAGCCAUGGCUGACAAGGAUCUGGUGGGAAUUGCAGUCCCAAGUUUCUAAAGGGCACGAGGUUGGGAAAUACUGCCCUAGGUAAGGAUUGGGGGUGUUCCGAUUCAGUUUGUCUUUAAAGGCAAACCUAUUCGAUUCGUUGUUUCUGAAGCAAUCUGAGAACCCAAACAUGGCCGUCCUUUGACAUUUGCGCUUCCCCAAAUUUUGCAAUUCUCCAGCCCAGCAAAUGUGUACGAAAAUCCAUACACUGGGGUAAACCAUCCCUAAAAAUGCAUAUAUUGGUGAAAAUAACAUACGAAAAUGCAGUGUUUCCCAGACUUAACAAUAAUCGCAUGCCCCUUUUGAGAGUUUACCUCUUCUCAGACAAAGAUAAUUUGGGGGUAGUUUUAAUAAUGCAAUUUUAUCUAGGCUAGAGUCGCAUGUUUGUGCUUGCAGUAUACAUGGGGGGGGGCACACAGCAUCCCUGCCUUUGAUCAAUCAUCCCAGGAUAGAUAACCACGGAAUCCUGUCACUCUCGCAUGGGCCCAAUCCUCACCUUUCAGCACUAUGUGUGACAUUGGCUCCACCAUCACCAGUAGUACUAUUAUCUCCUCCACCCACAUCCGUCAAUUUGAGAUGUAAUCAUAGCUCCAUAUUUCAUCCCCCAGAGGCUCCCAAGGUUUCAGGAAACGCCCGUUUGA